CUCCGCUCCGCUAAAAUCCACUCCGAAAUUUCAAGAAAAGAAAGUACGCUGACGUUCUCCGAUUUUUCAAAUAGACUCGGCAAUUGUGAAAAGGACGACUUUUUAGUUUCAUCUCAUUUGAUUAGAACCAGUCUUAGAAUCCCCAGAUCUGCUUCAGUUGAAAGCGACACUCGCCAAGCUCUAUUGAGGCUACAAAAACUAUCAGGGUUUAAACCCUAAAGUCAUAAUCUUUUUCUGCUCAAAAUUUCAAAAAAUGGCGGCUGUUAAUCGAAAGAUUUCAGCUGCCUCUGCUAGGUCUCACACCAGGAAAGCGAGGCAAUCAAGUGGCUUUCGAUUACCUUCAGGAUUGUUUAGAAAAAUAGGACUGGUUCUUUUUGUGGGUUUUGUGGCUUGGGCAUAUCAGGCUAGCCAGCCUCCACCCCAUUUGAUCUAUGGUUCUACAAAUGGUCCUCCUGUUACUGCAACUAGAAUCAAACUAAGUGAUGGGAGGUACUUAGCUUACAAAGAGAGUGGUGUGCCUAGAGAGAAGGCCAAGUAUAAGUUUGUUAUGGUUCAUGGCUUUGAUGGUUCAAGAAAUAUUCAAUUGCCCGCUUCGCCGGAGCUUGUACAAGAAUUAGGGGUUUAUUUUGUGGCUUAUGAUAGAGCCGGGUAUGGACAGAGCGAUCCCAACCCUAAUCGUUUUCUCAAAUCUGAGGCUAAUGACAUUCAAGAACUUGCUGACCAGUUGGAACUUGGCUCGCAGUUCUAUGUACUUGGCACAUCAAUGGGUAGCCACUCUGUUUGGGCUUGCCUCAAGUAUAUACCUCAAAGGAUAGCAGGUGCUGCUUUAGUUGUUCCAGUUAUCAACUACUGGUGGCCUAGUCUCCCUUCAAAUCUAUCAAAUGAAGCUUAUUAUCAGCAACUCGUUCGGGAUCAAUGGAUGGGUAGAAUUGCACAUCAUGCUCCCCGCCUACUUUACCUUUGGUUGACUCAAAAGUGGUUCCCCUCAUCGUCUGUGAUGGAGAAAAAUCCUAUAAUUUUCAGCGAGAAAGACAAGGAGUUAUUAUCCAAGUUCAUAGAACUCAAGAGGAAAUUUCCGGAGGAAAAACCGAGUCAAAAUGAUUUCGAGUCUCUGCACCGUGACGUAAUGGUGGGUUUUGGGAAGUGGGAAUUUGAUCCUUUGGAGAUCAAAGAGAACCCACUUUCUAAAGGCACCGUUCAUAUAUGGCAAGGUGAAGAAGAUAGGCUUGUGCCUUACAAGUUACAGCGCUACAUCGCUGAAAAGCUUCCUUGGAUUCGAUAUCAUGAGAUAGCCGAAGCUGGACACCUGCUGUUAUUUACACAAGGCAUGAGCGAUGCUAUGCUCAAGGCGCUUCUUCUUGCAGAGGAGCUGUCAAAUUUAUCUAGCUAGUCCUCUCUCUCUCUCUCAUAUGAGUGUUUUGGCUGUUAUUCUUGUUCGUGGCCAAUCUUCUCAGACACCUGAUAUGAGUGCUGCUCCAAUUUUGGACAGCGAUUGUGUUUUCAUUCUAAUGUUGUCUUUAACUUAUUUUCCCCAUAUUUAUGUCGAAGGAUUCUUAAUGUUAUGAAUGCAUUAUCAGCUCGUUCAAGCUCUC